CAGGUUCCCUGGCUGCCUGGCUGGCCCUGGAACUGCGGACUACAGCUCCCAGGCCUUCUUCAAGUCCUUACGGCACAGGCUCAGAGUCCGGUGCCCGGAGGAGGUGGCUACAUUGUGUCUAUUGUAUCCCUUAGCUGGUGUUUUUGUACAUUUAUCGGGACCUGAAAUUGAGAGUGAAAAGCAUGGCUGAUGAACAAGAAAUCAUGUGCAAAUUGGAAAGCAUUAAAGAGAUUAGGAAUAAGACCCUGCAGAUGGAGAAGAUCAAGGCCCGUUUGAAGUCUGAGUUUGAGGCCCUUGAGUCAGAGGAGAGACACCUGAAGGAAUACAAGCAGGAGAUGGACCUUCUGCUACAGGAGAAGAUGGCCCAUGUGGAGGAACUUCGGUUGAUUCAUGCUGACAUCAAUGUGAUGGAGAACACCAUCAAACAGUCUGAGAAUGACCUAAAUAAGCUGCUAGAGUCUACCCGACGGUUGCAUGAUGAGUAUAAGCCGCUGAAGGAACAUGUGGAUGCCCUGCGUAUGACCCUGGGCCUGCAGAGGCUCCCUGACCUGUGUGAAGAGGAGGAGAAGCUCUCCUUGGAUUACUUUGAGAAGCAGAAGGCAGAGUGGCAGACGGAGCCUCAGGAGCCCCCAAUCCCUGAGUCCCUGGCCGCUGCAGCUGCCGCCGCUCAACAACUCCAAGUGGCUAGGAAGCAGGACACUCGCCAGACAGCCACCUUCAGACAGCAGCCUCCACCUAUGAAGGCCUGCUUGUCAUGUCACCAGCAAAUUCACCGAAAUGCACCAAUAUGCCCUCUGUGCAAAGCUAAGAGUCGGUCCCGGAACCCCAAAAAGCCCAAACGGAAGCAAGAUGAAUGAAGAAAGGAAGAGCAUGUGGAGCUCUGCAGCUCAUAACCCUUCCUGUUGGCCAGAGUGAUUGAUGUCCUGAUGUGAAACAACCCUUUCCCACUCCCACUAAGUCUCCUAUUUAAUGCGAUGGAAGCACAACCCCUCUCUUACUUUGUUCUUGUUUCUUUCUGCUGCUGGGAUUUCUGGUUUAACAAGAGAUGUGGUUUGGAUGCUAAUGAGUGUGUCCAAUGAUCCCUUCUCUCCCAUUGUCAUCUCAACCUCUCCCCUUGUUUGGAGCUGAGGGAGGGACAGAAGACCCAAAUGUGACUCUCUUGUGCCUGAGGCCUGGGGCCUACGAAGCUGUACAUUCUGAGGGCUGAUGGAGGCCCAUAUCUUGUUUCAGGUGAAGGCCCCAGUGUGCCCCCUCCCUGUAUUUUUCUCUCAGGCUCUGAAGGAACUUACUGUUGGACUUCCCAACAGGCUUGGUGCAUAUAUCUCCCCCAUCUUCAUCUCAUCCUUAAAGUCCAGAGGUAUCUUAGACAAGCCUUCCUUUUCAUAAUCAUUUAGGAUGCCUGGUUGCUAUUCUAAAGUGUCCCCCCUCCCAGUUCCUUGGAUAUGUGAAAGUUCUUAGGCACAGGCUGUGUGGCUAGGGAUCCUGGAAUCUCUGGGCCUUUUCCCCAUACUUCCAGUCUUUGCAAAUCAGUGAUAGAAGUUCCCCACAGUGAAUUUGGGAAACCAAACUUACUCCACAAGUUCUGCCUAACUCAGCAGUCACUGGGGCUGAGGGGUCUGCUGUAGGGGCUGUCUUAGGCUGAGAGGGGCCCCAGGUUAACAUCCAUGCUGGCUUUUGUUAAAACUAUUACUCUGGCACCUACUUAGUGGUAUAUCCUAGCAGGGGGAGGAAUGCGUUAGGAUUCAAGUGAGUGCCAAUUACUUUACACAUGCACUUGAGUGGGACUUCCUCUCCAUUCAUCCUGCUUCUAUAAGGCAGCCUUAGUUCAGGAUAGCUGCUGGCCACCCCUUUUCUGUGGAUUGUACAGGUGGUCUUGGUGCUGUGCCUUCCUUCCCAAAAGAAAAGGCACUGGGCUUCCCAAGCUCCACAGCUCUACUGUCUGCAAAUCCAUGUCUCUAGUCAAGUCACUUUCAGACUUCAGGGGCAGGAAUGAAGCCUGGCUGACUGAAAAAGUUUUAGCCCCAAAUCUUAGUCCCUGGCUGGAGAGGGAGGUGGACUUUUUUUCCCUUUCUUCCUUAACUGUAGUUUUCAGUUGCCGCAAUGUCUGUGUGUUCACAAUAUAAAAGAUUCCUCUGCUCUUUGAAGGCAAAUGUGUGAUGUCUGUACAAAUCCUUUUAAAUAAACUUUUGUUUAUUGGAGUAAA